UCAUUUUUUCAAAUAAGUAAUCAAACAAUUUUUUGAAAAUAAAGAGAGUUUUUUAUUUUGAGUUCAUUUUAUUUUAAAAUUCUCUUAUGUUCACAUUGCGCAUCUCUCUCGGCCUCGAGUUAUGUGUAUGGCGCUGGGCUAUUUUAUAGGCAGUCUACGUUCAACAUUAAGCACGAGGGCACAAUAGCUGUCUAAAGUGAAUUUUGGAAAAUAUCAACAUGAAAUAUUUGAAGGCUUGUGGAAUUGCUGUUACCAUCAUCAAUGUGUUGUUUUCGAUUGUAAUUAUUGGGGCAUUAUUAGAUAUUGUUAAAGUUGAUGGAGAAUGCAGUAAAGAGAAUUGUGCUAGUAUGCCAUUACUUUGGAUUGUUGUUUUAAUCAGCAACAUAAUUUUUAAUGUGUGUAUUCUUGGUUACAUAUUCUACAAUGAGCGAUCUGCAAUUAGAGCGUGGAAAUAUUUUUCAAUAGUAUUUGUUUGUUUGAUCAUUGCGCCAACUUGUGAAGACACAUUUGUUGGAAAGAUCAAGUUAAUGUUCUUUAUAUUUAUCGCUAAAAUAUUAAUUUCGAUUAUUAUAAUAGUCUUUGUUGAAAAGACAUUACCAAAGAAAGAUGAUUUGCCAAAUUCAAUUGAAUUCUAUGCUACAAAUAGAAUACCAACUAAUUCAACCAAUCAAAGGAGUAACUUUGCGACUUCGGCCGGUACUAGAAGAUAUCGUCAGCAUCAACAAUAUGAGAGCUGGAGUGAAAAUGAGGGAAUUGAGUUGCCGGAUACUCAAUUUGAAUAUGAUUUUACAAUUGGUGAACUAUUUAUCAAUGGUGGCACUGGCUCAGAUAAAAAUGAUUUUGGGAACUGUGAUGAUUCUGAUAGGCAGAAUAAUGAUAACGAUGGAUGCUGUCAGGUCUCAAACGAUGAUAAUAGUGGAGGUGGUUAUGAUUAUAAUUGCUCAAAUGAUUAUGAAUCUAAUAAUUGUGGUUGCGAUGACUCUGGAGGUUAUGACUGUGGUGGUGGCGAUGAUUAA